UGCAGCCGAGCACCAAUAUGCUCGCGAAGCUGGUGCUGGUAACUUGCCUUGGCGUCGCAACUGCUCGUCCAAGAAUGCGAGGUGGGCGGGAGCUGGUCCUGUAUACUGGUGGUGCAAUAGCACUACUGAGGAAUCCACUAAACGCUUCAUGUACCAUCAUCAUCAUAACGGACAGUACUACCACUUCUUCAGAGGUAGUGAAGGAUCUUCAAGGAAAGUCAGCAUGGGAACAGUUACAAGUGAAGGCAACAUUUGAAGUGAAUUUAGAGAAGAGAAACACCAGCAUUACUGAUCGCCUAUCGAAGUUGAUUCCCUUAGCACGUCAGGUGCGUCGGCUGUCGUUGUGCUCGAUGGUGGUAGUGGUGAGUCUCGAUCAUGACUUUCUCAUCGCAUUCGCGGAGUGGUCUCUGAAGGGAAGGCUGCUGGUGUGGACCACCAAGCUGGUGGUGGUGAGCCGCCUGACAAUUCCUCAGCUCCAGGACCUUCUGCCCGCCCACUGGACUUUCUCCAUGAUGAACACAGUCUUCCUCAACAUGGAGGGCGACGCUGAGCAGCCCCGGUACUGA